AAAGAACCGUUAUCUUUCAAGAAUUUUUCACUUUCCCCAACAAAAGACAACACCUCUUACACCAAGAAAGGAAGCAUUUUUAUCCAUUUGGGUGUUUUUCAAUCCCACUCCAUUUCCUUUUCCUUUCUUUUUCCAGCUUCCAAUUCGUAAAUUUCUAGGUGGGUGUUCAUCAAGAACUCAACAUUCUUGGUCCAAACUCAUAUCUUUUCUUCUAAAUAAGUCUAUUACCCUUUGAUGAAUUAAUGUCGUUGGUCGUCGAAGCUGUUUCUAGUUCCACUAACAUGGGACUCGAAGAAAAUAAAGGAGACAAGACUGAAAUUGAAGAUAAUGGAGAUGAAAAAGGAAGCGAAUCCUCCAUUUGUGAAACCGAAGACGAAGGAGAAGAUGCAGAGAGUCAUAAGAUCGAUUUGGGUCCUCAAUACACCCUCAAACAACAAUUCGAGAAAGACAAAGAUGAUGAGAGUCUCACAAAGUGGAAAGAACAACUACUUGGAAAUGUCGACAUUAAUGCUGUUGGAGAAUCAUUAGAACCAGAAGUGAAGAUCUUGAGUCUUUCGAUCAUGUCUCCGGGGAGAUCUGACAUUGUUCUUCCGAUACCCGAAGAUGGAAAACCGAAGGGUCCAUGGUUUACUUUGAAAGAAGGUUGUCCUUAUAGCCUUCGGUUUUCAUUUCAAGUUAGCCAUAACAUUGUUUCAGGUUUAAAGUACACCAACAAUGUAUGGAAAACUGGCGUCAAAGUGGAUGGAAUGAAACAUAUGCUUGGUACUUUUAGUCCCCAACAAGAAGCUUACACUUAUGACAUGCCAGAGGACACAACCCCUUCUGGUUAUUUUGCAAGAGGCUCUUACUCUGCUAAAACUAAGUUUGUUGAUGAUGAUGGCAAAUGUUACUUGGAGAUCAACUAUACGUUUGACAUCAGGAAAGAUUGGGCCAACGUUGAACUACCUAAAACGCGAUAGAAUUUAAGCAUUUAAGUUUGUAACUAUUGUUAUGAAUCAUAGUGUGAUGAUACUACUCUAAACAUUAGACUAUAAGGAACAAAAUGGAGUUGGGUGGUGAUGUCAAGAUUUAUUUGAAUUUGCCUUAUAUCUUUUUCUUAAUGUAAUUUGUUGUAUUGACAUUGAUUUGGUGAUGGUUUAUGCUUCCUAAA